CUUUCUCCCCAUUACACCCUCUCAGGAUGCUUUACUCUCCCAGGAGGAGAAGAUGAAAGAGAAAGAAGUGACUGAUGGAUCCCAGAUAGCAGGCUGCCAGGAGUGGCUGACGUUCCAGGAUGUGGCCGUGGACUUCACCAGAGAGGAGUGGGCACUGCUGACCCCGGCUCAGAAGACCCUCUACCGAAGUGUGAUGCUGGAGAACUACAGCAAUCUGGUGUCCCUGGGGCACCAGCUCUAUAAGCCGGAAGUGAUCACACAGUUGGAACAGGAGGGCCAGUGGACACCAGAAAGCAGCAGCCGGCUGGACACUGUGACAGAUGGGGUGGACAGACCUGAAAUGAAAAAGUCAUCGCUUAAGCAGAGCCCACCCGAUGGAACUCAGCCCCAUGAGGUUACAGUGGAAAGACUAACAGGGGCCACUGUCUGCUGCUCCAUCUUAGGAGGACUCUGCGGUGUUGAGCACCAGUCAGCACUGCACCAAGAAAAGCAGCAGAAGCAUUUGGAACGGGUUUCUUUCACCCACCAAGAAAUUACACAGAGAAGCAUAGAGUGCAAUAAGUUUGAGGGAAACUGUAGUCUGAAUUUAUACCCUAUGCAUCAGCAAAUCCCUCCCAUUAAAAAGCCUCUCUGCUAUGACAUACAGGGAAUUAACAUUAAGCAGCAUUCAAAUAUGAUUUAUUAUCAGGUAAACUAUGUACGAGAGAGUCCCCGUGACUAUAACGGGUGUGGGAAGAUCUUCAGUCAGAAUGCUCUUCUUACUAAUUGUAUUCUUCUGGGAGACAGACAAGGUGAACGUGGAGCGACCUUCAACCAAAAUUCAACUCCUAACCAACCUCAGAUAGUCCUCACAGGAAAAAAACCCUACAAGUGUGAUGAAUGUGGGAGGAGAUUCAGACAGAGAACGCAUCUCAUUGAACACCAGAGAAUCCAUACAGGGGAAAAACCUUUCAUGUGUGAUGAAUGUGGGAAAGCCUUCCGGUUGCAUGCAUCCUUUAAGCUGCACCUGAGAACCCACACAGGAGAGAAGCCCUAUGAAUGCAAUCAGUGUGGUAAAGCUUUUAGCCGCAUCACAACCCUCAAUGAGCAUCGUAGACUUCACACGGGGGAGAGACCUUAUGCAUGUAGUUUUUGUGGGAAAUCCUUCAGCCGGAGAUCAUAUCUUAAUCAGCACAAAAUGACACAUACAGGAGAAAAGCCCUAUAAGUGUCAUGAAUGUGGGAAAGCCUUCAGACGGACUGCACACCUUAACCUACAUAGGAAUAUCCACAACCGUGACAAAUUGUGUGACUAUAAAUGUGAGAGAACCUCAAACUGAAGUUCUUCUCUUUUUUUUUUUUUUUUUUU